CCACCCGAAACGCAGCGCCGGAUGCUGAUUGGUCGGGCUGCAGAGGCCGGACGCUGCCCGGGGGGCGAGGGAGGGGAGGCGGGAAACGGCUUGGUGGGUGCGGGGUCGCGCAGUUCCUCCGCGGGGCUGUGGAGAGGUUCGGCAAUGGCGGUGCAGCCGAGGGAGACGCUGCAGCUGGAGAGCGUGGCCGAGUAUGCGUUCGUGCGCUUCUUCCAGGGCAUGCCGGAGAAGCCGAGCACCACGGUGCGCCUCUUCGACCGGGGCGACUUCUACACGGCGCACCGGGAGGAUGCGCUGCUGGCCGCCCGGGAGGUGUUCAAGACGCAGGGGGUGAUCAAGUACAUCGGGCCGGCAGGAGCAAAGACUCUGGAGAGUGUUGUGCUUAGUAAAAUGAAUUUUGAGUCUUUUGUAAAAGAUCUUCUUCUAGUUCGGCAGUAUAGAGUUGAAGUUUAUAAGAAUAGAGCUGGAAAUAAGGCCUCCAAGGAGAAUGAUUGGUAUUUGGCAUUUAAGGCUUCUCCGGGUAAUCUUUCUCAGUUUGAAGAUAUUCUCUUUGGUAACAAUGAUAUGUCAACGUCCAUUGGUACCGUGGGUGUUAAAAUGUCUACAGUUGAUGGCCAAAGACAGGUUGGAGUUGGGUAUGUUGACUCCAUACAAAGGAAGCUAGGACUGUGUGAGUUCCCCGAUAAUGAUCAGUUCUCCAAUCUGGAGGCUCUCAUGAUUCAAAUUGGACCAAAGGAAUGUGUUUUACCAGGAGGAGAGACUGCUGGAGACAUGGGGAAACUGAGGCAGGUUAUUCAGAGAGGAGGAAUUCUGAUCACAGAAAGAAAAAGAGCUGACUUUUCCACAAAAGAUAUUUAUCAAGACCUUAACCGGUUGUUGAAAGGCAAAAAGGGAGAACAGGUGAAUAGUGCUGUCUUGCCAGAAAUGGAGAAUCAGGUUGCAGUUGCAUCAUUGUCUGCAGUUAUCAAGUUUUUAGAACUCUUGUCAGAUGAUUCAAACUUUGGACAGUUUGAACUGACUACUUUUGACUUUCACCAGUACAUGAAAUUGGAUAUUGCAGCAGUCAGAGCCCUUAACCUUUUCCAGGGUUCUGUUGAAGAUACCACUGGCUCUCAGUCUCUGGCUGCAUUGCUGAAUAAGUGCAAAACCCCGCAAGGACAAAGACUGGUUAACCAGUGGAUUAAGCAGCCUCUUAUGGAUAAGAACAGAAUAGAAGAGAGAUUAAAUUUAGUGGAAGCUUUUGUAGAAGAUGCAGAAUUGAGACAGUGUUUACAAGAAGAUUUACUUCGUCGAUUCCCAGAUCUUAACCGACUUGCCAAGAAAUUUCAAAGACAAGCAGCAAAUUUACAAGAUUGUUACCGACUCUAUCAGGGUAUAAAUCAACUCCCUAAUGUUAUACAGGCUCUGGAAAACUAUAAAGGAAAACACCAGACAUUGUUGUUGGCAGUUUUUGUGAAUCCUCUUGUUGAUCUUCGGUCUGAUUUCUCCAAGUUUCAGAUAGAAACAACUUUAGAUAUGGAUCAGGUGGAAAACCACGAAUUCCUUGUAAAGCCUUCAUUUGAUCCUAAUCUGAGUGAAUUAAGAGAAAUAAUGGAUGGUUUAGAAAAGAAGAUGCAAUCAACAUUAGUAAGUACAGCUAGAGAUCUAGGUUUGGAAUCUGGCAAACAGAUUAAACUGGAUUCAAAUUCACAGUUUGGAUAUUAUUUUCGCGUAACGUGUAAAGAAGAAAAAGUCCUUCGUAACAACAAAAACUUCAGUACCGUAGAUAUCCAGAAAAAUGGUGUUAAAUUUACCAAUAGUGCAUUGACUUCUCUUAAUGAAGAAUAUACCAAAAACAAAACUGAGUACCAAGAAGCCCAGGAUGCCAUUGUUAAAGAAAUUGUCAACAUUUCUUCAGGCUAUGUAGAACCAAUGCAGACAUUCAAUGAUGUGUUAGCUCAGCUAGAUGCUGUUGUCAGCUUUGCUCAUGUAUCAAAUGGAGCGCCAGUUCCAUAUGUACGACCGGUCAUUUUGGAGAAAGGACAAGGAAGAAUUAUUUUGAAAGCAUCCAGACAUGCUUGUGUUGAAGUUCAAGAUGAAGUUGCAUUUAUUCCCAAUGAUGUUCACUUUGAAAAAGAUAAACAGAUGUUUCAUAUCAUUACUGGCCCCAAUAUGGGAGGUAAAUCAACAUAUAUUCGCCAAACCGGGGUAAUAGUUCUCAUGGCCCAAAUUGGGUGUUUUGUGCCAUGUGAGUCGGCAGAAGUGUCCAUUGUGGACUGUAUCUUGGCUCGGGUAGGGGCUGGUGACAGUCAAUUGAAAGGAGUCUCCACCUUCAUGGCUGAAAUGUUAGAAACUGCCUCUAUUCUCAGGUCUGCAACCAAAGAUUCUUUAAUAAUUAUAGAUGAAUUGGGAAGAGGAACCUCUACCUAUGAUGGAUUUGGGUUAGCAUGGGCUAUAUCAGAGUACAUUGCAACAAAAAUCGGUGCUUUUUGCAUGUUUGCAACCCAUUUUCAUGAACUUACUGCCUUGGCCAACCAGAUACCAACUGUUAAUAAUCUACAUGUCACAGCACUAACCACUGAAGAAACCUUAACUAUGCUUUAUCAGGUGAAGAAAGGUGUCUGUGAUCAAAGUUUUGGGAUUCACGUUGCAGAGCUUGCUAAUUUUCCUAGGCAUGUAAUAGAGUGUGCUAAACAGAAGGCCCUUGAACUAGAGGAGUUUCAGAAUAUUGGAGCAUCACAAGAAAGUGAUGAAAUGGAACCAGCAGCAAAGAGGUGCCAUCUGGAAAGAGAGCAAGGUGAAAAAAUUAUUCAAGAGUUUUUAUCCAAGGUGAAGCAAAUGCCUUUUAUUGAAAUGUCAGAAGAAAACAUCACAAUGAAAUUAAAACAGCUGAAAGCUGAGGUGAUAGCAAAGAAUAAUGGGUUUGUAAAUGAAAUCAUUUCACGAAUAAAGGUUACUACGUGAGAAAAUCCCACUAAUGGAAUGAAGAUAAUAUUGAUAAGCUGUUGUCUGUAAUACUUUUAUAUUGUUUUAUAUUAAUCCUUUUUCCAUAGUGAUGGCAAUUGAUGCCCAUGGCAUACCAACUUAAUAAAAUAUUUAGUAAUACUUUGCUCUACCUGAGUACAUUUUCAGAGAUCUUUAUUUUGAAAAGUAACUGAGGAAUACUUAAAGGGACAUGGGUAAUAGUAUACAAUAUGUUGAAUUUAUAAAUAAAAUUAUGUAGUUUGUGAAA